AUGCCAAAGCUGGAGGUCUCGCAGCCAGCGUCAAAGCGAGAGAAGAAGCAGCCCAACUUGGACGACAUCGCACACUCACACACACACACACUCACAUACACACAGCAAUACUCAGCGGCAAAUCCACAAAAGGUCGAUCGAGCUUUGAGAUGCCGAGCGCGAAACCACAUAGUGCAUGCAUUGUUUUCGACUGGCAGCCCACCAGAUUCGGAGUCGAAAACGCCGUGA